AUGUUAAAUGUUUCACAACUUCAUACACUUUUUAAUUGCCAACCUUCUAAUGAUACCGUAAGUGUACUACUUCCAUCCGGUUCUAUGAUAUAUCUUCAACAAACAAGCGCCGAUAAUGUGAGUGAAAUUUUAUGCAAGGUUUGCGAAGAGCUAAAACUUGAUCCGGAAAAAUACUACAUUAUAAGAGAGGGUCGUGAUCGAGUUCGAUUACAAGAGCGAGAUUAUCGAUUGCAGAAGAAAGAGCGAAGUCUUGGAUUAACUAUAUCAGCUAAAAUGUGUAGUAGUGGUGGAAUUAAGGCUGAAGUUCGCGCAAUUCGUGAUAAAACAACUUUUGUUGAAGUAGGUGAUUUGGUGAUAAGCGUUGAUAAUCGAUUGAUUAGUUCAUUAAAAAGUACUGAAGAAGUGCAAAUUUUGUUACGUCACGGUAAGAAUCUCGUCCUACGCAAACGUGACGCUAUCAUUUCGCAAUACAUCAAACCAAGACCGUUAUCUACUCCGACUAGUAUUACUACUACCACUACUGUUGCAACAACUUUCGGCAGUUUUUCAUUACUACCACCUCCACCACUAUCUUCCGUAAAAAACCGUUCUCAUAGUAUGGAUCGAAUAUCUGAUAUUACAUCCAAUACGAAUAAAACUGAUAAGGAUCAACAAAAUGAAUCAGCACGAUCAACACCCACUCGAAGUAUUCAUCGAAACCAUCAGUCAUCAUCAAAUGAUCAUAUAUUUCGUCAGAUGUCUCGUUCCGCACAUGAGAAGCCAUCAAGACGUGAAGAAUAUCGGCAUACAACUCCCAAUGGUGCUAUUUCGGUAUCGCAUUUUAGUGAGGGAGCGGAAGAACAACUUCUUAAAACAAUCAAUGAACUUGUAUCAACGGAAGAAAAUUUCGUGCGUGAUGUUCAAAAGUUGGUGAAUCAAUAUUUAAAACCAAUGAAUUUACUCCUGUUGGAAACAGCUGAUCGUUUGUUACGAAUUCAAACUUCCUUCUUCUUAUCGCUUCUUGAUGCAGCCGGAGAUGUUGCUCGUUCAUUUACAGUCUCACAACAGCAAUUACGAGAUUCAUUAAUUCGUGUUUCGGCUUUAUUUGUCAACAAAUGUAGUAAAUUCAAAAUUUAUAGUGAUUAUUCAGCUGCAUAUUUACGAUUUCAACAGAAUAAAAAAGAACUAAAUGAUAUUGCAACACGAUUGGAAAAAUUAAAUAUUAGCGGUGAACAAAGUGAAAGUGCUCAAUCAUUACUAAUUAAACCAAUUCAACGAGUCCUCAAAUAUCCUCUCUUUUUACAACAAAUUAAAGAUAACUGCUUUAAAGGAUCCGUAGAAAGACAGCAAUGUGAACAAGCUCUAAUAAGAAUGCAAGCUUUGGCGGAAUACGUAAAUGAAAUGCAACGAUUAACGGAGCAAUACGGACAAACUAUCGAGGAAAUUUCAUCAAAAAAUGGAGCAGCAUCACGUAUGAAUUUUAGUCAAUUAUUAAUGUUUGCACAUAUUAAUUGGUUGAAUUGUCCCGAGAAUCGAUCACGUCCGAUUGCUUGCGUGGCAUUUGUUUUCACCAGUUUAAUUUUAAUUUUCUGCCCAACACUUUCCAAAAAUAAGACUAAAGUUUAUCGAAUUUUACCAAUUGUUGAAGUUGAAGUAAACGAAAAUAACAAUCAAUCACUUCAAUCAGAAUAUGCCUUCAUCCUUAUACAUAUCGGCUCAGCACGUGAGCCGGUCUAUCAUUUGUGUUGUUGUCAAACGGAAAUUAAAAAUCACUUCGUUAAAUCCAUCCGUAAAGCGGCCGCCACAAUAGCAAAAGAACAACGUCGUCCAAUAAGUGGUAGCAGUCAAUCGGAUGGUGGCUAUAGUAGUGAACGUCAUAUACCGUAA